UACAACUAUUUCAGUUAGUCUACUACACCCAUACUAUACUCACAAUGUUUUUAAAGGCACUCUGCUUCGUCUCCAUAUUCGCAGUAGCGUUGGCCCAAUAUGGCCACGGGUACGGCCAUGGUUACUCCUCUCAGCACUUUGUAAAGCAUGAUGGGCAUCCUGAAGUCGUCCACGGUCAUCACGGACAUCAUGACUAUCAUACUCAUCCCAAAUACGAGUUCGACUACAAAGUUGAAGACCAUCACACAGGAGACAGGAAGUCGCAGCAUGAGCACCGUGAUGGAGACGUGGUAAAGGGCGUCUAUUCUCUUCAUCAACCUGAUGGUUCCGAAAGGACUGUCCACUACCAUGGAGACCACCACACUGGUUUCCACGCUGAUGUGAAAUUCGGUACCCAUCACAUCAUCCCUCAUCAUCAUCAUUACUGAGAAAGUAAUCGCUGUUUAUAUGAUUUUUGUUACUUUUAUAUAUACCCCAUGUGUUCAAAUAAAAUGA